AUGUUGGCUCUACCCCUUCCGCUGCUGGCCCUCAGCUUGGGCUUUGUAGCAACUACAUCAGCUGUGAAGCCUGGAGGUUUUGAAGAAGCAGGCAACACGCUUGUGAGCGCGAUGAUGAUGUUCGUGGGCAACGAAGAGAAGGUCUACAUCCUGGACAAGGCAGAGGGAAAUGCAGCACAAAUCAACAACCAUCCAGCAUGGGCCUCCGUUUGGGAUCUCAACACACGCCAAGCUGAGGCGAUGGAUGUGCCCUCAAACGUCUUCUGCGCAUCGGGUAUGCAUUUACCAAACGGCUCCUUCGCCACUUUUGGUGGGAACGGCGCAGUUGGACCCGGUGGACAAAUCGGCUCAGUCAAGAACCCUGGAGGAUGGACAGCAUCAUGGGACAGCACAUAUCAAAACUUCGACGGCUCUCGAGCCAUCCGGCUCCUCGACCCUUGCGGCAGCUCUGACGACUUCAACUCCAGGAAGUGUCAAUGGUUCGACGACGCUGCGGUACUUGCCAUGAAGGUCCCUAGAUGGUAUUCGACUGCGGAGCCUCUUGCGGACGGCACCAUCGUUAUGAUUGGCGGGUUCUCAACUGGCGGCUAUAUCAAUCGGGACUAUCCCAAUGUCGAUCCAGAUGGUCCUGCAUCCCAGAACAACUUCGAGUUUUUCCCUGCCCGAGACGACGAACCUCCUCAGCGUCUCCCAUUCUUGAGCCGAACCUCGGGAUUGAACACAUACGUGCACGCUUUCAUGAUGCCUUCUGGGAGGAUGUUCUUACAGGCCAACCUCUCGACGAUCCUGUGGAAUUACGAUGACAACACCGAAACCAUCCUUCCUGACAUGCCCAAGGGCGUUGUGCGUGUGUACCCCGCGUCCGGUGCAACCGCAAUGCUCCCCCUCACGCCCAAGAACAACUACAAUCCUACCAUCAUCUUCUGCGGCGGAACGGACAUGAAGGACGAAGAGUGGGGUGAUUUUGCCUAUCCCUAUAUCGACACUUGGGACUACCCCGCCUCCAAAGAUUGUCAGCGCAUUACUCCUGAACCAGAGGACGGUCGCAGGCCAGAGUACGAACAAGACGACGACAUGCCAGAAGGACGAACUAUGGGCCAGUUUAUCAUUCUUCCUAACGGAAAACUGUUGGUGCUCAAUGGUGCACUGAACGGCACUGCUGGCUAUGCUCAAAGGACGAGGACAAUUCAAUCCCUUGGUGAAAUGCCAUGGGGAGAGUCGCUCGCCGCUGGGCCAGUCCUUACACCGGCCAUCUACGACCCUGACGCACCUCGUGGCAAGCGCUGGUCGAAAGAAGGACUCGACGCGUCUGAGAUCCCGCGCAUGUACCACUCUUCGGCCAUUCUCCUCCCCGACGGCUCAGUCCUUGUCGCCGGUUCCAACCCCAAUGUCGACGUCAACCUCACGACCAUCUAUCCCACCGAGUAUCGAGCCGAGGUCUUUUACCCUCCCUACUUCAAGGCGCGUGUUCGCCCCACGCCAAAGGGUGUCCCUUCGUCCCUGUCAUAUGGAGGCAAGCCAUUCGAUAUCACCAUCCCACCGUCCUCCUAUUCCGGAGAUGCCAAUGAUGCAGCUGAAAACACCAUUGUCGCCGUCGUCAGAAGCGGUUUCACCACCCAUGCAAUCAACAUGGGCCAACGGUUCCUCCAGCUCGAGCACACCUACACUGUCCAGAAGGACGGCACAAUCGUCCUCCACGUCGCUCAGAUGCCCCCUAACCCCAACCUCUUCCAACCUGGACCAGCAUUCCUCCAUGUCACAAUCAACGGUAUUCCUAGCAACGGGACCUACGUCAUCGUCGGAAAUGGUCAGCUCGGCCAACAGCCCUUGCAGCCCGCCAGCACUCUUCCUCAGAGUGUGAAGCUGGAAGGCGUGAAGGGAGCUUCCUCCUCUUCAGACGACUCUUCAGGCUUGGGCCUCGGCAUGAUCAUUGCUCUUGCCGCGGGAGGAUUGGCCCUUGUGCUCAUCGUCAUGGGUGCCAUUGCGAUCGUCCGCCGCCGCCGACGUGCGAAUACUGCACCAAAAUCUACAACCGGAGGCUACAACGUUGUUCAACCCACCCCCAACAUGUCCGCCAUUGCGGUCGGCGCAGGCGUCCGGGACUCUGACUCGAGCGUCUUCGCCCCAUACAAGGAGGGGAACCAUAGCCAGGUGUGGAACCAGAGCACGACCAGCCUCGCCUCCUAUUCAGACUUCCCUCACGUUCCUUCUUCGCCUGGUGGCCCUAUGAGUGGUAAUGGAGGGUAUCAGCAGUAUCCUUACACCCCUUCCACACCCCAGCCAAGUUACCCCUAUGGCGACCAGCACCAGCAGGGCUACGCUGGCUACCAACAAGGUCAGCCGCAGAGGUACUAA